UGUCCCGGAGAGAGCGUCUUCCACAGAGCAAGAAGACUGGAAGUAGCUGAUUGACCAACCCUCUGGGACACACUGGGUGGCAUUAAUCUGGGUGUUACGUUUGGAUUUUGUUUUCGGAGCAACGGGCUGGCUGGUGGUACUUCGAGGAAACCGGCAGCAGGUGCAUGUGGAUGGCGAUAAAACUCAAGACAAACUCCGCUCUCUCCACACGGUUUGACCAUCGGCGGAUCCAUAAAGUAUUAAAAUAAUCGAGCCGAAACCAUUGUUUUAGUUUGGAAAAGGAGAGUGAGAAUGCUUUUCACGGCUUUCCCCUUUCGAGAAUAGCGCGUUAAUCCCAGGAAAGAGCAGCGUCCCGUCCCGUUCCUCCGCACGCAAACAUGGAGAAGAAAGUGAGCGCUACGGCUAACUUACCUCAACUUUGGUUUUCGUACCAGUUGUAAACCCUCCUAGAGAAAAAAAAAACAGCACGGCGGACACAUGGUGGGACUCUAACACAGAUUUUUUCAGGAUAUCACUGAGCAGAAAAGGCAAUGGAGAAGAAGAACAAGGCGACCGACCGGACCCGCUCCGCCUACGGCACAGCUAAAGACAGAGUGGACAGUGUGGAUCCAUAUGGCUUUGAGCGCUCGGCGGACUUUGAUUAUGAGUCAUAUGAAGAGCUCAUGUCUGAGUAUCUAGUUGUGCUCACUCGACGAGCCAUCAAGUGGUCCAAACUACUGAAGGGUAAAAGCAAGGUGCAGAAGAAUGUAAAAUUGAAGCGCUACGUACGCAAAGGGAUUCCCAAUGAGCAUCGGGCUCUGAUUUGGAUGGCAGCCAGCGGUGCUCAAGACCAGCUAGAGAAGAACCCAGGACACUACCAGUCCCUGCUAGGAGCCCGACACGACCCUAAACUUGUGGAGACCAUCAACACAGACUUGAACAGAACAUUUCCAGACAAUGUCCAGUUCCGUAAGACAUCCAACCCAUGUCUGCAGAAAGCUUUGUACAAUGUGCUGCUGGCUUAUGGCCACCACAAUCCAGCUGUGGGCUACUGUCAGGGGAUGAACUUCAUAGCUGGGUUUCUACUCAUCAUAACAAAAGAUGAAGAGAAAUCCUUCUGGCUGAUGGAUGCACUACUUGGUAGAAUUUUACCAGACUACUACAGUCCAGCCAUGCUCGGGUUGAAGACAGACCAGGAGGUGUUAGGGGAGCUGGUGAAAGUUAAAACCCCCCAAGUCUGGCAGGUCAUGGUGGAUCAGAACGUCAUGUGGACCCUAGUGGUCUCCCGGUGGUUCAUCUGUCUCUAUAUAGACGUUUUGCCAGUAGAGACAGUUCUGCGAAUUUGGGAUUGCCUGUUCUACGAGGGUUCGAAAAUCCUGUUCCGUGUAGCUUUGACACUGAUCCAUCACAACCAGGCUUUAAUUCAACAGGCCCAGUCCCUGCCAGACGUCUGCCAAAGCUUCAAACAGAUCACCCAUGGACCAUUUGUUGAUGAGUGCCACACUUUUAUGCAGAAAAUCUUCACUGAACCAGGAAGCCUCUCCAUGGCAACCUUGACUAAGCUGCGGGCAACAUGUCAAGCUCGAAUCAUUGCAGAAGAAUCCUGACCUCAAGUCGGCUACCUGUUGCUCUAGCUGAAAACACAUUCCAGUGGGAUGAGCACCCAGCACCUUUAUAAUCUGAGUCACAGUGACUACUACUUUUUGUCUUGCAUGUCAUGAGACAAUCAUAAAGCCCAGGUGUAAAUAUAUGAUCAUACGAGGAUAUUCUUAGCAAUGUGUUAUAUGAGCCAAUGAUUCCAUUUGAAACUAACAUGUAGAUGUCUUAAAUUGUUCUAUUUUCUUCUGUUAAAAUGCAGAACUAUGCACUUUAGUCCAGAAAGUCAGAGACACUAAAAAGAAAUGGCUUUGCCAGGUCAGAAACAUUAUAUGUUGCAUACUGUAGGCACAGCUGGUCUGCUGUACUUCAAAAUGUGGUCUCAGUCAUGAACAUUAUAAAGACUAGUAGUUCUUCUGGGUAAAUGGUUAGUUGACUGACAAUAUUUAAUGCUGGUACAACAUGCUGUGGUAAUCCAAUGUGAAUUUUAAUUUUUAAGUGUCUGACACCUUUAGUUAUGAGUUAUGUUGAGGUUAUUGCACCUGUUUGCAAAUAAUUCAAAUGCACUAUGAUGAAGCAAUACAAGCACGACUGAAAGGGCUGCUCAUUUUCCUAACAAUGGUGUGUGUCCAGUUUGUUCUGUGUGGGUCUGUGGCUCUUUACACUGUCACUAUCAUAGUACCAAUAUCAGGUGUGGUGGUAAUGGACAAAAAUAUCCUUGGCAUCAAUCCCAGUUCUGAGUAUUUUGUGUAAUGUACACUUGGUUGAACAACUCUGACUGAACAGCCACGUUUAUUUAACAUAGAAAUGAAUCAUCAAUGUAACUGCUGUAUAAAAUACUAAAAAAGAAGCCAAAGCUGGACUUAAUGAUUUUUAUUAACUUGAAGUAAGAUGCAUAAUAGAAAAUGAGAUUAAACCAUUUUCUAUAAAAAUAAAAGAUCAAAUAACUAUAAUUUAUGUAACAUUUCUGUUGGGAGAGGGUGCUGAAAAGCAAAAAUAGAAGAUCAACCCAUGUACCUAUUAAGUCGUCCAAUGUAAAUUUGCACACUGUAUGGCCUCAUUACUGCACACUGUUUAAACAAGCAUCCCAUUUUUGUACUCACAAUUAAAAAACUUUGUUUGGUUCAAUUAAACUGCAGUGCACUGAUGGGACAGGCUUCAAUCCAUCUGCAGGAACAUGAUUGGAAAAGACGCACAUUCAGAGCUUUCCCUUUUUCUAGAGAUGGUGGGAUCAUCGAAUGCUCAUGAAGUUU